AUGCGUUACAUAGGAAAGUAUGUUAAAUUGCGCGAUGACCAAUUUCAACUCUCGCUCUGGGGUGGUGAUGCUGUUCUAAAUUAUGUGGAGUUGCAAUAUGACAUUUUCGAGGAUCUAAUGCCUUUGCCAGUGGGAUUUAAAUCUGGCCACAUUCAUGAGUUGCGCAUUCAGGUACCGUGGACCCGUCUCGGUUCCUCCAGUAUUGUCAUCACCCUUAAUACUGUGGAGUGCGUGCUUGUCUUUAAGCGUCCCGGUGAACAGCGGCAGCGGCGCCGAUUAGAGGCAGACACCUUGCCGCUGUCUGACUCGCCUCAGCCGCCUAGUUACCUCCUGUCCUAUCUCACUCGCAUCUGGUCUAACAUUGAGGUCGUGGUAAAGAAUCUUAUUAUAAAGUUUGUUGAGGAUGACGCUGUUAUUUCCGUUAAUAUCCGGUCACUCGACUGUUUUCCUACUCUUUCCAACUGGCAGCGUGGUGUGGAGUCGCAGUGCAGCGGCAACUUUUGUCUUCAUCGUCUUCUCAGACUCACUGACAUGACCCUUUGCAUCGAUCAAUCUGACGCUAAAGGACAUAUCAGUACCUAUCAAGAUCCUGUAAUUUACCGCUCUAGCUUUGACAUUCGACUGCAAACAGUAUUUACUCAGAAUAAUAAAGGACUGGCUUCAAUUUGUGUGGCGAACCUCUUUCAUUCCCAGUCAGUAGAGGUCAAUCUUAAUCAAGUUCAGGUGCCUCUUAUCACGCGAAUCUUUGAGAUUUUGGUUGCGCUUUCAAAUGCUACCAUUAAAUGGGAGGUGCUUUCGGAUGGCACGUCGGUCGAGAAACAGCAAAAUGAUGGUCAGCAUAAGGACGCUGUAGUAGGCAUCAAUGAGGAAGAUCUUGCUCGGAAUCAGUCAUGGUCUCAGUGGGCCUGGUCAUUUGUUCCUUCUUUCCCUUCUUUGUCUUCCACUUAUUCUGAGGAUGACAGUUGCGAUUUUGAUCAGAACGAUACUUCUUUCGAAUACAUUGGAAAAUUAAGGAUGUGUGAAGCACGUGCCGAAUACGUGAGACUCCUCUAUGAGGAUGGACUUGCUUCGGCUGAGGAGGCUGCCAAGACGGCUCAGUAUCGACGCGGAUGUCUAUAUCGUUUACGAAAUUACAGAAACCCUUUGCCAGCUCUUGUUUUAGGUGUUCUAAUGAAACGAAUUCAAUUUCACAUCAAGGUUACGCAUCAGAUGUGUAGAUCAGAGUCAAAGAUUUGUAAAUUUUUGACCACAAAGAAUCUGCGUUUUAAUGAAUCUACGUUGAAUUUAUUCACGAUCACCAUUGAGAAUCUUGGAUUUCAAUCCGUUAAAGACAGCGGACACUUUACCAGUCUCCAAGUCGGCAUUGGAUUGCUGCGAAUAAGCCCACUUGGUGAGAUUUGUCCAUGUGGCAAAAAGUACACUGCGGUACUUUCGCCUCACGAUCUGCUGUCAAUUCACUCAACGUCCGGUCUCCUGGCUGGCAGUGCCAGUUCCGACCCUUUGAUCAAGGCCUUUUGUGGUCUCUUUGGUACUGAAAUAUCAGACAAUCUUUGUCACCCAAACCAAGAUGUGGUUGAUUCGCAACCUUCGUCGCCUAAAUCAUUUGUGCUUCCUCCGUUCUGUAGAAAGGAUUACCAUUCGACUUACGGAUCUGACUAUCCGCAGCGCGAGCUACCUCUUGCGCUGUGGUUUGGGUCGGUCUUUUGCCAAGAGGCCGACGAACAAUCUAUCGAAGGUAUCAUCUUUUUUGUCAGUAUCCAGGAGUGGUGUUGA